CGGAAAGAGCGCGUGUGGUGGAUUUCGUGCGUGCGUGUGGUGUACGUGUGGUUUCUCGUAUAGCCCCGUCGUGAUCCGCGAUAAGAGGGAUUCCACACGGCCGAAAGAAACGGUCGCAACAUGACGACAACGAGAAGUCGUUUGCUCCGUUGACGGACGAGCGUACGAAUUCACGGGUACGGUCCCCUCUCCUCCUCCGAUUAUACGGUCGCAGUGUAUAUACAUAUAUACAUACAUAUACAUCACGCAAGCGGUGAGACCGAUGCGAGCGCAGCAGGAUGUCGUCGGUGUUUUCCAAGUUGAUCAACAAAACAGCCGCCAAAUACGGGAUCAGGCAAGAAGCACUGACUCGUGGCGUCGUUGGCGCGGUAACGACGCUUUACCUGCUAAAGAUCGGCUACCCACUGCUCGCUUCCGGGAUAACGAGAUACCAGCAGAGAAAGAACAAGAAGAAUGAACGGCAACAGCCGCCCGAUAAGGUUUCGUGCCGGCAGCGACGGCGGGAUCCCGUUAACGGACGAUCGCCCGUUAAAACCGGGAAAACCGGCGGCAGCGUCGGUUUGGACCGGGCAUUCGUUAAACAGCUGAUCGCUCUGCUGAGGAUCAUGGUGCCCGGAUGGCGAACAAGGGAGGCUGGACUGUUGACCUGCGCGACACUGACGUUGCUCGCGAGAACGUUCCUGUCGGUUUACGUAGCGACACUGGAGGGACAGAUCGUGAAGAGGAUCGUGCUACGGGACGUGCGUGGAUUCUCGUUGAUGCUCGCGAGAUGGUUCGCCAUUGCUCUGCCAGCGACCUUCGUGAACUCGGCCAUCCGGUAUCUAGAAGGCAGAUUGGCUCUCAGUUUUAGAGGACGACUGGUGGAGCACGCUUAUAAAAUGUAUCUGAGUCAACAGACGUACUAUAGAGUGGCGGCGUUAGACACUAGGCUCGGAGGUGCUGAACAAAGACUGACAGACGAUUUGUCUGAACUGGCAGGUUCUGUGGCACAUUUAUAUUCGAGCUUGACCAAGCCACUGUUGGAUUGUGCACUGGUGGGCAUUGCACUUAUUUCAUUCUCUGCCAAAAUGGGAGCUAGAAGCGUACAGGGUCCAUUGUUGGCAUCGGUUGUGAUAGCCAUUACUGGACAAAUUCUACGUCUUGCCUCCCCAAAGUUUGGCCAACUGGUAGCUGAAGAGGCAUCACGGCGUGGGAGAUUAAGAGAGGCUCAUGCUCGUAUUAGUGCCCAUGCAGAGGAAAUUGCAUUCUACGGUGGACAUUGUACAGAGCAUCGUUAUUUGUCCACCGCAUAUAAGUCUCUUGUUUCGCAUUUAAGAAGAGUACUAGCACUGAAACUGUGGUACGUGAUGCUGGAACAGUUGCUUAUGAAGUAUGUGUGGUCCGGCACUGGACUCCUUGUCAUUGCCAUGCCUCUACUUUACACUACGGUCACUUCCAGAACUUCAUCUCUAACCGAUGAUGGUGAUGGUGGAGUAAGUGAGAGGACUAGAUACUUGACAACGUCGAAAAAUCUCUUAAGUUCUGGGGCAGAUGCUGUAGAAAGACUCAUGUCAUCUUAUAAAGAAUUAGUAGCACUAGCAGGGUAUGCAGCACGAGUAAGCGAGAUGUUCGACGUAUUCAAAGAUGCUGCUCUGUGUAAAUAUAGAAGAAACAUUGUUAAUAGUCCUACGAGAAUAGCAAACGGUAAUGCGAAUAAUGCCUUAGAGAAAAUAAUCGAAUUAAAGGAUGGUGCAGCAGUGAUUAAAGGAAUCGUACAGGAGAGUACAGACGGCAGUAUAAGCUUAAUCGAUGUGCCAAUAGUAACACCAAAUUGCGAAGUUAUUGUGCCUAGGUUGUCAAUUCACAUAAAACCUGGUGAUCAUAUAUUGAUCACUGGUCCCAACGGAUGCGGUAAAAGUUCUCUGUUUCGCAUAAUCUCUGGCCUGUGGCCAGUGUAUGGCGGUACCUUGAUAAGACCACCUGAGAAUUACAGCGGGAGGCCCGCAUUGUUUUAUAUUCCGCAGAAACCUUACAUGACGGUCGGUUGUUUGCGGGACCAGAUCAUCUAUCCAGCUGAAUCGCAAACAGAAGACUGUUCCGACGAAGAACUCCUGAAACUGUUGGAAGACGUCGAUCUACGAGGUCUGGCAGAGAGAGAAUCCGAAGGGCUGGACACUUUAGGUGAUUGGGAUUCUACUCUGUCCGGUGGUGAGAAACAGAGGCUAGCUAUGACCAGAUUAUUCUACCAUGCGCCGCAGUACGCGCUGUUGGAUGAGUGCACCAGUGCUGUGAGCCUCGAGGCUGAGGGAGUCAUAUACGAGACUGCCAAAAAGAAAGGCAUCACGUUACUAACUAUUACUCAUCGCGUGGCUUCCCUUGCGAAAUACCACAAACUGUUGUUACGCUUCGACGGAGAAGGAGGUUGGGCUUUUGGCCCGUUGGACACGAAGACUGCAACACUUUUAGUAAAUCAAGCUCACGAGCAGAAUGAACAACGUGAAGUGAAAGGGAACCACUAUCAAAUAUUACACGAACUACGUGACAUACAUCCGGAGGAAUCAAGAGUUGGGAUUAGUUGAAGAUUAUUAGACGAGGCAUUUGAAGAUAUUUUAGUAAAUUCAUGUAGAAAGCUACACAAUUGUAAAUAAUUUCCCGCAAACGUAUUUUGUACAGAGGUUUACAGCAAUUUCUAAUUAUAUACUCUAUUUUUAU